GCUCCUUCAAUCUUCCACAUCCAGCAAUCAUGGCGCCACCAAAUGACAAUGUAGUAAUAACUGAUGUGCCUGUGCUAGCAACUACCGAGAAGUCUAGCGAUGACUUUACCAAAGAGGAAGCCGUCCUCGACGAUCUCGGUCCAGCGCCCGACGGCAGCGCGGAAUCCUACGAGGACCCCAAGGCAGCUCGGCGACUUCUCACCAAAUGCGACAUCCGUCUAAUUCCGAUCUUGGGAUGCCUAUACCUUGUAUCCUUCUUGGACCGCUCAAACAUUGCCAACGCGCGAUUGUUUGGGCUUGAGAAAUCGCUUCAUAUGCCAUCAACGGGGUUCAACACCUGCCUGUGGAUUUUUUACCUUCCUUUCGUUAUUGUAGAGAUCCCAAGCAACUUAUUUAUGAGCUUAAAUAAGAUCAAGCCAAAUCAGUGGCUUGCUGGGGCAAUGUUAAUUCUUGGUGUUGUGUCGAUGUGUCAGGGAUUUACAAGGAGCUAUGGUGGGCUGCUUGCUUGUAGAUUCAUCAUGGGUACUAUGGAAGCUGGUUUGCCGCCGGGGGCCGCCCUUCUUAUUGGGCAGUACUAUAAACGCAGCGAGUUUAACAUCCGCUUCUCAUACUUUAUCUGCUUUGCUUUACUUGGAAGCGCUUUCAGUGGGCUUCUCGCAUAUGCCAUCGAGCACAUGGAUGGAAUCCGUGGCUAUGAGUCUUGGCGCUGGAUUUUCAUCCUCGAGGGCCUCUUCACUAUUACUUUUGGAUUCGCAGCGUGGUUCAUUAUCCCAGCUUUUCCGCAAGAUGCUACAUUUCUUGACGAAGCUGAGCGAGCUAUGCUUCUCGCUCGCCUGCGUGGCGACCGCGGGAGAGAGAGGAUUGACUUCAAUGGAAUCAGUUGGCUGAGACUCCUCACUGACUGGAAGAUCUGGUCCUUUACCCUCGUUUACUUCUGCGCUGACAUGGGCGCUGCCUCCAUCUCGUCCUUCACCCCGACCAUCCUUGCUCAGCUCGGGUGGACUGCCUCGCGAGCCCAGGUCAUGAGUAUCCCCAUCUGGAUGGUGGGAAUCUUUGUUACUUUGUCUACUUCCUAUGCCUCUGGAAAACUCUCUCUCCGCUGGCCAUUCGUGCUGAUUGGCGCCAUCUUUGCCCUUAUUGGCUGGUGUAUCCAAUAUACCCAGGUCCAGCCACCUGCGGUUCGCUACUUUGCGCUGUAUAUCAUCGCUUUCGGCUCAUUCAUGCAAUUCCCCAUCCUCAUCGGCUGGCUCAACAGCAACUUACGCGGCCGCCCGCAGCAGGCCAUUGCGAGCGCUGUCCAGUUGGGUAUGGGCAACUGUGCGAAUUUCGUGGCGAGCAAUGUCUUCAUCACGAAGCAGGCGCCCAGAUACCCUACUGGAUUUGCCACGGGUGUUGGGUUCGCGACGCUCGCGAUUGUGAGUAUUCUCUUGGUGUUGUGGGCAUUGGUUUGGCAUAAUAGACAGUUUGAUCGGGAGAAUCAGAACAAGAGUGAGAAUGUGGAGGACCAGGAUAACUUUAGAUACGUGUUAUAAUUCGUCGCAUGGAUAAUAAGGGCCUAUUCGCGGAACUGAAUACUAGGUAUCGUCAUUUACGGGAUGGUGCCUAUAUAGAGUUUCCACGCAUAAGCUACUUAGAUACUCUUCAUGGACAUGUUGCCCUCUCAUUUUAGGAUUAUUUGUAAUGUAAUAUAAUUUCAAGAUUAUCUAUUUAAAUCUCGC